AUGGAAAUGGGAAUCGUCUGGGGUGACGAUCCUGAGGACGAGGACACGCUGGCUGUCACCGAUCGGAUCCUGGGGGCGACCGAGGGUGCAGCCUUGGUUGCUGAUUGGCAAUGUCCAUCAUCUAUUGAAGGCAUCGACCAGUUCAACCCUCGUCCCCCCUAUCUUCAGGACGACAUCUCUGGGGUCAUUGACGAUGUCGCCCUAGUUUGGCGCAUGCUUAGGAGCGACAUUGAAGUGUACCACUCUGGACAAGUAUUUUACAGCUCUGUCGGUAGCUCCGCCGAACAUUUGCACGCCCUCUUAUGGAAACAUUCCGGCGCUUGUCUACCCAAAAGCACCUCCUGGGCUCUGAGCGACGACGAUAAGGAAGACCAGUGGCACAUGAACAUAGACACGCCAACUGACGAAACAGACGAGUUGGACACGCAAAGUCCGCAUAAUCCGGAUCCUGCACAUACCCCAGACUUCCCCAACAUCAGCCUCACCACCCCUGAAGGUGUGUAG